AUGGCCGCGCACGCGCCCUUCCUGAGUCCCGCGCCCCUCGUUGGCACCCCGCGACCGCCGACCGCGUACCCUCUGCCCCUCAAGCGGCCGCCCUACUUCCGCCUCGGCCCUUGGGCGCCGCGGCACCUGAGCACAGCAACUGGACUUGCCGGGCCCGCCGCACUGAAACUACAACUCCCGGCAGGAAGUGCGCGAGCGCGCACGCGCUGCCUCAGGGGUAGUGGGCGGUACCACGGGUUGCUCAGGAAAGAGGCGGAGCGUACGCGAGUGAGAGGGGCGGUGCUGGCAUCGCACAUGCGCACGACGGGGCUUCAUAGUGCGCGGGAAAGAGGCGGAGCGUUUGCCGGUGUGAGGCUUGGAAGCGGCACCCUGGUUCAUGGCUUUGCGCGGCCACUUAUUUCUCUAGGGAGGGAUAAAAUGAGUAAGAGGAAGAAGCUUCGGACCUCAGGAGGAGGGGAAGGAAUCCGUCCUAUGAAACUUCCAAAGAACUCAAGUCUAGAAGACUCUGACGGGGUCCCCCAAAGUUCCAAGUUGGGCCAUUUGCAUCACCUUGAAGAGUCUGAAGGCAGAUCAGGACCUGCUCCCUCUGCAGAGCAGAGCAGGGAGGAACCAGAACAGGUAGCCUCCAGCUCUCCAGAUACGGAAGCAGCAGCUCCCUCCAGGCUCCUCAGGCAAUCAGAAAAGGAGCCAGUGCCCUUCCCUCUUUCCCAGAACUCAGUUGAGAGGUUCGUCCCCCAGUUUGCAAAAGCCAGGAAGACAGUGACAAGACAAGCAGAGAGGAGAGAAGAGGACCCAGGGGGUGGGGCCUUUAGCUCGGAAACCCUGCCAGAGCCCAGUGCCCAGCAGGCCAGAAACCAGCCUCAGGAGGAGUCCCCAGGGCUUGCCCUCCAGGAAGCCAGGGACCCAGAAGACCAGAUCCAGGCAGACAGUACCUACCCCAAGCUGAACAGUCAAAGCCCCGUGCCUGGCAGUGGGGACCCUCAGCCCUCUGCCUCCACCAGCCCCUCUUCAGAGUGUGGGUCGGUGCCCUUGGCCUCAGAGCGGACCAGCCAGGACCACUUGUCAGAGCACAGGGGGAACAUGCCAGAUGAUGGGAGCACAGAGGAUGACUGGGCUCCAGGUGAUCACAGCCAGCACAAGCACCUGCCAGGCAAGGCUGUUGAGGAAAAGGAGCCAGACCAAGGAGCCUUCCAGGAGAGAGAUGCCCGAGGAGGAGCAGGGGCUGACCUGCCUGAGGGUGGCCAGGAGGAAGGAUUUGCAGCCCAGGGCCCUCCUGACCCUAUGCAGACACCCAGCAGAACUGGUGGGGAAGCAGAAUGGAGCUGUAGCAGCCCAAGACACUCUCCCCUUGGACCUGUGGUCAUAGCAGAUGUGAACAUAGACCCCACUGAGCCGGAACAGAGGACUCUGGAGGUGGCCGGGCCAGGCAGGGAGGUCAACACUAGGGUGCCUGCCUCUCCCAGUGGGAAGGCUCCUGAUGGAGGCCGCAGCAGGGCCCUGCCUGUCUGCAUGCCUCUCGCUGGGGAGAUCACAGGGGGCAAAGGGGAGGCCAGGAAUGAAGACAAGCCCCCUGGUGAUGUCCCAGGGGUCCUAGGAGCCUCCCUGGCUCUAGCUCAGGAGAUCCAGGAGCCCCCAAUAGGUGCUGGGAAUUCUGGCCCUUUAGCCUUGGAAAUGGGUCCAGGUGUUGGCCAGACACAGGUGCCAGGCCAGGGUCAAGAGGAGAUAGGAGGUGUGUGCUCACCACCUUUGCCAUCGCAGCCUGAGAGUGAAAAAGCAGCCAAGUUAGGGAGCCAGGGCUGCAAACAAGACUUCAAGGGGCUCAGUUUGUCCUUUGGAGCCUCUGCUCCACUGGUGUACAGAGAAGCAGUGGCUGGCCCUCCCCAGGAUGCUGGGACACACCAGGGCAUCCCAGAUGCCCCCGCAGGCCUGGCAGGCCAGCCUGAGCAACCUCCUGACUCUUCAGAGCAGGCCUUCUGGGGGGAAUCCCCAGCCAUGGAACUUGACUUCCUGCCAGACAGUCAGAUACAGAAUGCCCUGGAAAGCCUUGGCUUCGAAGCCCCACCUGAGCAGUUGUUUCCUGCAGGGAGCGGGCUGGGCCCUUGUUGCCCUGGCACCAGUCCAUGUGCUGACGGAAAUCCCUUUGCCGAGGCCCAGCUGAGGACCCAAGUGGGGAUCAAGACCUGUGAAGCCGCCAGGAUGGAGGACGCAACAGAGACCGUGCGCGGCCUCGUCAUCGAGCUCUCCAACCUGAACCGGCUGAUCAUGUGCGCCCACCGGGACCUGGAGGCCUUCAAGCGCUUCAACUACUACCGGAAGGCAAAGCCUGCAGGGAAGGCUCCCACACCCCACCCACCAAAGGGGGCUGGGACGCCUCGAGGGGAGCAGUCCUGGAGGGAUUUGUAGGCUGCUUCCAAACUAAGUGCUUCUACAAGCUUGCCGGCCCCCAGAAGUGCCUGACAUUCCUGCCGAACAGCUGGAAACAAUCCCGGAAAGCCUGCAGGCCCCUGUGUGCCCCCUGGUAUUUUGUUACCCUCCAAGAUGCUCCCACGGGGCCUAGUGGGCCCCAGAAACCUCCCCUCAGCCAACCCGGAAGUCAGCUUCCCAUGGGAACCACAGGAGGCCCUGCCUGUGUCAACAACCUCCCUUGGGAGUUGUCUGGGCAGGGCUGGAGGUGGGGGCUUUGGGCUGAGUCCCCAGGAAGCCAUCUGGGGCCCCAGAGCUGCCCAGAUGUUUAUCUGGGUUUGCAAAUUUCAGCUCCUUAGCAAGGUUAUGAAAGGUUCAGAAUUUGUUUCUUUCCUGGAGGAGAAAAGGGCUUGCUUUGUUGGUCAUACCCUUGUUUUUCUCCGGAUUUCCAUUUUAUUUCUUCUGGGAAGGCCAUUAAUAAAUGAUUCUCUA